UCAGCCGGCAUCGUUUCUUCUAAUUAGAACGUCAAUUUAAAACAGAACAGCGCGCGCGUAUCCAUCGCGCAAAAAAAAUAAUUAAAUUUGUUUUUAGCUACAAAUGUAACAUUGAUAUUGCGACGUUCUUAAUCGCAUAUACAGCGGUUUUGUUUGCGCGUUUUUGUUUUUGGUUUUGUUAUUUUUGUUAAACAGGCAAAAGCAAUGCAGACUGUUUGAUUUGUGUAAUCAAGAAUUGUAUUUGCGAUCUGUGAUCUUUAUUAAAUUGCAUUUCUGACUCAUCCAGUGCUGUUGCCAUGGUAUAUGAGACAUCCUACGAGAGUGGCCGCAGGCCCUUCAAGCCCGAUCUGCAGCGUGGAAAGUGGGAUAAGCCCACGGAUUACAUCGUAGCCUGCCUCGGUCUAGCGCUGAAGAAUGAUAUAUUCACAAUUUCAUAUUGGUUCUUUUUCGACAUGGGUUUAUUUGGCAUAUUACCCUAUUAUUUAUAUAUGGUUAUAUAUCUGGUGCCUAUACUGGUUAUACAUUCGUUUAUGGGUCAAUUCUCCAGCAGCGGCUUCAUAUCGGCCUUUCGCGUAUCACCAUUUUUCAAAGGCAUGGGCUAUGUGAGCUUAGCCCUGAGCAUUGCUUCGCUGAUGUACUACAGUAUAUUUGCCAUUGUGCCAUUACUAUUCAUACUCAAUUCCCUGCGUCCCACAUUGCCCUGGAGCUGUGAGGCCGCAAAGUCGUGGGGAAAUCUUACAACUAUCUGUAAUAUGACCUCUGAUAAGCUCGACGAAUUCAUUAUGCUGCAUAAUUCGUCGGAGAUUUUUGAAACAACUGUGGUUCAUGUGCCCUCCGUGCAAUAUUUUAUUAAUCACUUUGAACAUUUGGACACACAUGAAUAUGACAUGCCAAACUACUCCUUGGAACUCUCAUGGCCAAUAUUUUUAUACGCAUUGCUCGUCUGGGGAAUCUUAGCAUUUAUCUUUACCAAGUUUGCUGGAACGGAAAAAUUUGGCAAAUUACUGCGCUACAUGAUCAUAAUCGUAGUUGUGCUAAUGACAAUCUGCUUGGGGCGUUUUCUUUUUUUGCCCGGCGCUAUGGACGGUCUUUUGCAUUAUGUAAAGCCACGCAUGGACUCCAUGCUGGAGGGCAGUUCUAUAAUGCCAAUUGUGGUGCUGCAGGCCUUUGGAUCUGGUUGGGGCACAGUCAUGUCGCUAUCUAGCCACAAUGAUUUCAAAACUAACAUCAUGAACUACAGCUGGAUAAUUGGCUUUGGUCAAAUUCUUAUCUAUAUAUUAUUCGGCAUGGUGUCUAUGAUGUUGGAUCAUUAUUAUACGAAUCAAAUUCCUGAAAAUUUAUCCGUAUUUGUGGAUUCUCACUGGAUGCUCUAUUUAUCAAGUGCUACUGCCUUGGCCUCCUUAGAGUUGCCUCACAUGUGGACCAUUCUUUACUAUACUAUGCUACUGCUGGGUUCCUUAACUGUUAUGAGCACUCAGAUCUUUACCAUAGUCUCGAGUCUGUUAGAUGAAUUCGAAUGGCUGCGCGAGCGUCGACAGCAGCUAACUUAUAGUCUACUUGGCAUCUUAGCAGUCGGCUCUAUGUUCUUCUGUACAAACCAUGGCUUUAUGUAUUUCUCGGCUGUGGUGAUAGAUGCGAUAAUUACACAUAGUCUACUACACCUGUUGCUCUUGCUGGCCGUGCUUUGGGUGUAUGGACGGGAGCGUUUUCAGCGUGACAUUGAGUUUAUGCUGGGAGAGCCCUUUGCGUCUUGGAAGAUCUUCAUACUACGCUUCCUAGCGCCCAUAUUUCUGCUAUAUUCACUGCUUAUUGGCGUCAUUAUUUCAUCGGUGGAGCAUGUAUUUUCCAGCAGCUUUGUAAUGAUUAUGAGCAUCUUUUUGGUGCUUAUACCUUUAUUAUAUGUACCAGGCUAUGGUUUUUAUAUAAUGCUGCAAAACACGGGUAGAUUUUGCGACCGUUUUAGGCGUGCUUGUCGGCCCAACGAUUGGUAUCCCAUCGAAAUGGAAACCCGCCAAAAAUAUGAGGAGCUUGUGGGCAAUUCAGAUAUUACACACCAGCUUUAUGAAGUUACCGAGGAUGUUGAUUUAAGUGCUUAAUUGACAUUAAUUAUCAAUAUGCUAAAUAAAAGACAUUUAUAUACAAAGCA